GGCGUGUUUUCCAGGUGCGACUGUGUGAAUGAUGGACCCGUUUUAUAAAGCUUUAAUUAAGUUUCGGUGUCGGCGGUACGAUGAUUGUGUUCAAUUGUGCGGCGAACUCUUGGAGAGAAACUCUGUGGAUCAGGCUGCUUGGACUUUGAAAACGAGGGCAUUGACUAGUCAAGUGUACGUGGAUGAUGUGGAGGCGGAUGAGCAAGGAAUUGCUGACCUCACGAUGGAUGAUAAUUCCGUGGCUCAGGUCACCAGACCUGGAACUUCGUUACGAACUCCUGCCUUGACCUCGGGCUUGUCGGGCACCUCGCACGCUUACAGAGUUUGGAAUGAAGCGUUGAACAGCAAACAGCUGGGCUGGGGCCGGGGUGCUUGUCACCCUAGUGUAAGGCCAAGAACAACGACAGGUCGUCCUCUCAGCGGAGUGUUGCGACCCGGAACCCAAAACACGGAAGUAGCGAGUGGCUCUAAGGCUCUGGAAACUGCCCUGAGAACCGGAAGAACAGCCAAGACGGCUCGACCUUGUUCCGCAGCUUCCGGAAGACACGUGCGACUUGGAACGGCGUCCAUGAUUUCCCAGCCCGAUGGUCCCUUUAUAAAUAUCGCUCGCUUGAACUUGUCCAAGUAUUGCUCGGAUGCUGGUCUGGCGAAACCGUUGUUUGAGUACAUUUUGUACCAAGAAAACGACGUCAAGAUGAGGAAAUUCUUCAACCUUGAUCAGGCUGGGUUAAUUUUGGUUGACUACAAUAUUUCAAUAAAUAAAAGGCCAAGAACAACGACAGGUCGUCCUCUCAGCGGAGUGUUGCGACCCGGAACCCAAAACACGGAAGUAGCGAGUGGCUCUAAGGCUCUGGAAACUGCCCUGAGAACCGGAAGAACAGCCAAGACGGCUCGACCUUGUUCCGCAGCUUCCGGAAGACACGUGCGACUUGGAACGGCGUCCAUGAUUUCCCAGCCCGAUGGUCCCUUUAUAAAUAUCGCUCGCUUGAACUUGUCCAAGUAUUGCUCGGAUGCUGGUCUGGCGAAACCGUUGUUUGAGUACAUUUUGUACCAAGAAAACGACGUCAAGAUGGCAUUGGAUUUGGCCGCCUUGGCCACAGAAGCCUGUGAAUUCAAAGACUGGUGGUGGAAAUACCAACUGGGCAAGUGCUACUACCGCCUCGGAUUGUACAGGGACGCCGAAAAACAAUUCCGAUCCAGCAUCAAACAACAGCCCAUGAUCUCGACUUAUCUUCACUUGGGCCUGGUUUGCGUUCGUCUGGACCAGCCCCUGGCCGCAGUUGACGUGUACAACGAAGGGCUGGAGAAGUUCAACCGGGAAGUGAGGCUGAUGACGGGCAUUGCGAGGAUUUACGAGGGACUCAACGAAUUGCAGAAGGCUGUCAGGGUUUACAAGGAAUUGCUGGUUUACGAAGCUACUAAUGUGGAGGCCAUUGCGUGCGUUGGGUUGCAUCAUUUUUACAAUGACCAGCCCGAGCUCGGGCUUAGACGGUUGUUGCAGAUGGGAAUUUAUAAUGCCGAGAUCUACAACAACAUCGCCUUGUGUUGCUUCUACGCCCAGCAAUACGACAUGACGUUGAAGUGUUUCGAGCGAGCGCUACACUUGGUCUCUGGUACCGACGCUGCUGACGUUUGGUUCAAUAUCGGCUAUGUUGCUUUGAGCAUUGGUGAUACGUUCUUGGCGUACCAGGCCUUCAGACUCGCCCUGGUUCACAACAGCGACCACGCCGAGAGCUUCAACAAUCUUGGUGUCCUGGAAAUGCGGAAAGGACACCCUGACACGGCUCGGGCAUUUUUCCAGACUGCGGCGACUUUGUCACCUCACCUGUAUGAACCGCAUUUCAACUUUGCCAGUUUGGCUGACAAGAUGGGUGACCUGCAAGGAAGUUACAUUGUGGUGCAAAAGGCGCUGAAGGCUUAUCCUGAGCACAUGGAAUCUCAGGAGCUGUUGCAACAGCUGAAAAAGUAUUUUGAUGACGGGAAAUUCGCGUGGGAAAUGAUCGGGAAGUUGAGCUUGUUGCGCGGACUGAACCGGACGAUUGGCACGCGGAUUUGUGCCUGUGGCCAGCGAAGGAAUUUCAGUGGAGAAAUCGAGGAAACCUUUGACCUGGUCGUGAUCGGAGGUGGGUCCGGAGGUUUGGCCUGUGCCAAGCAGGCCGCGAGUCUCGGAGCCAGAGCGUGUGUCCUUGACUACGUCGCACCUUCGCCUGCGGGCACGAAAUGGGGCCUGGGCGGCACUUGCGUCAACGUGGGCUGCAUCCCGAAGAAACUCUACCACCGAGCCGCGAUUCUCAACGAGGGGUUCCAUGAAGCCCCCGCGUACGGGUUCGACGUUCCCGGAAAGGUGGCGCUGGAUUGGCCCACGUUGAUGGGGAAUAUCUUGUCUCACACCAAGAGUCUCAAUUGGGGACAUCGGGUCUCUUUGAAAGACAAAAAAGUGCGUUAUUACAAUGCGUUUGGUUCGUUCGUGACCCCGGAUGUGAUCAAAAUGAAGUCUCCGAAAGGCGAAGAAUCUUUCCUGAAAGCCAAGAACGUCGUCAUUGCAGUUGGGGGUCGUCCUGUUUACCCCGACGUCGAAGGAGCGAAGGAAAACUGCAUCACCAGCGACGACGUUUUCACGCUGAAAUCGCCUCCCAGAAAAUCAUUGAUCGUCGGGGGAUCGUACGUUGCUUUAGAGACGGCGGGUUUUUUAUGCGGGCUCGGCUUCGACGUCACCGUAAUGCUGAGGUCAAUUCCGUUGCGGGGUUUUGAUCGAGAAAUUGCCAAGUUGAUCGUGCAAAACAUGGAGGCGAGAGGGGUGAAGUUUUUGCGACGUUGUCUUCCGAGCGGUUUCCGGAAAGACGAUGGGAACGUAAAAGUCACUUGGAAAGACAAGGACGGUGCUUCGCAUUCGGAAGCGUUCAAGACCGUGAUGCUGGCGGUGGGUCGUCGACCAGUGACGGAUGCGUUGAACCUCUCCAACGCCGGUGUGGAGGUGAACACUGAAAAUGGCAAGCUCGUGGGCCAUGACGGCGAGAGCACCAACGUGAACGGCAUUUACGCCAUCGGGGAUGUGUUGGAUGGACGACAAGAGCUGACACCGGUUGCUGCCCAAGCCGGGAGACUAUUGGCUGACCGCGUUUUUGGCAAGGACCCGUCUGCCAAAAUGGAUUAUUCCGCCGUGCCGACGACUGUGUUCACGCCGCUCGAGUAUGGAUGCGUUGGCAUGAGCGAAGAAGAGGCAUUUGGGAAAUUCGGCGAAGAUAACAUUGAGGUGUAUCAUGCGUUCUAUAAGCCGCUGGAAUUCUACUUGCCGCAAAUUGACGCAAAGCAGUGUUAUUUGAAAAUCAUCACGGGAAGAGAGAAGCCCGGCAAAGUUCUUGGACUGCACUUUUUGGGUCCAAACGCUGGAGAAGUUGUUCAAGGGUUCGGAGUGGCCAUGAAAGCUGGGUUGACGAAAGCAAUUUUGGACAGAAGUGUUGGGAUCCAUCCAACGAAUGCGGAAGAAUUGGUGAAGCCCCUUGUGACGAAAAGAUCCGGUGCUGAUCCUGCAGUCGGUGCUUGCUGAGGAUAGUUUGUCUCCUUUUUGUUAUUGUGACUGAUGAUUCGUCAGUGUACAUGCAUAUAGGAGACGGAUUAUUAUUUUGUUUCAUCUCUGUGCUAUUUUCAUGCAAAGGCCACGUGGAAUUUUGAUGACGUCGAGAAUGCUGGAAAACCCGAUGGGAAAAGCUUUCGACUGAUGUUUCGUGAACCUUUGGUGGAACGAGGACAGUUUGUUUGUGGUUGAUUUCAGCUAGUCGGGGGUUUUGAGGAAAAACAUGGUGGUUGAUUUAUUAGUGCUCAAGCGUGAUUUUUUUUUCAUAUUUUAUUGGUUCUUUCCACUUGGACCCUUAUAGACAAGGACGUGAUACAGUUGACAAGCACUAAGUGUCAAAGGAUAAAUUAUUAUUUUUUUAACUCGACGGGAUGAAAGGUAGUAUUUUUGUUUUGUUUACCAGGUGAUCUGUUAUUGUCAUUCCCUGUCUGGAUUCCCUUGGAAAAAAUAAUUGAAACCCUCACUCACUCAAAAGGCUUUUAACCCCUCAAACUUGUAUAACUCCAAUUUUCUGGAGGCUAUUAUUCUUUUGACUCAGGAAAGACAAAAGCAACAAGAAUGUAACUUGAUACUUUUUGAAAGGAAGUGAAAGACUAAUUUGGAAAAUGAGCCUUUUCCUGCAAUCAGCAUUCUGUCAAAUUCUUCACAUGGGAGUUGUGGGCAACAAAAAAACAUGUAGAAACACUGGUAUCAACGUCCUUCAAUCAUCUUUUUUCAAGGCGAAAAUGAUAGUUUUCCCAAGUCAAAUGUUUUGGUGGAUCCCUUGGAAUUUGAGUCAGUGAGGUUCAGCUGUUAUCUUGCCGAAUUCCUGUGAUGAAAACAGUGACAGUCUCCAUUUGGUCUCCAUUUGAGCAGCUUCUAUUGAAGUUUAGAAUUCAGUAACGCAAAAGCCAAAAUGAUCCCCUCUCAGACAAGGCUCGUGAAGAAAUACUGUGACUUUGAAAAUUACAUUUCUCAUUUUUUGCAGUAACCAGCUUACAGGAAAACAAAUACUGAUGGACUCUCUCUCUACAGCGAUUUUGACUACAACGAAUUUCUUUCUAUAACGAAAUUUUGUUUGGUGCCAUAGUAGGGUUCUCUAUACCCAAAAAUCUAGGGAUUUUCUGUGAUGAAAUUCUGUCUACAACGUUUUUUUUCUGGCCCCUUGAAUUUCAUUGUAGAGAGAUUCCAACUGUUUUACUCAUGUGUGGAUGGAAGGAUACUUUUCGAGUUGAUACUAUAUAUAACCAGGUUUUCUGUAAAUGAACAUUUUUAACUUCUUAAA